ACCCAGUGCAACAAAUAAUAACAUCCUGUCUUUCUUCUUCUUUUCAGAAUGUUACAGGUCUUGGACCCAAGACCCUUGCCAAGCUCUAUCAUGCCUGUGGAUAUGGCUGUGAGAAUUUGCUUAGCCCAUUCUCCACCACUGAAGAGUUUUCUCAGCCCCCUUGAGGACUGUAAAAGAAAAAACUUUGUGAACAGAUUCAAACCUCUCAGACCAUGUCUUCACGUGAAAAGUGACUCUGAAGCUCAAAAGAGUGACUGGAGCCACUCAGCAGCCCGAGCCAAGAAGCGAGUUGUGUUUGCAGACUCAAAGGGGUUGGCCCUGACAGCAAUACACACUUUCUCUGAGUUCCAGGAGCACCCUGCAUGGGAUCUUCAGUUUGACCUCUUAGGCCUUGAAGAUAUAACAUCAAGCCUAAAGCUGCAUGAGGAAAAAAACUUGAUUCUGGAUUUUCCUCGGCCCUCAGCUGACUACCUGGACUUCAGGAAUCGCCUGCAGAAGAACUUGGUCUGCUUGGAGAACUGCACCCUGCAAGAGAAGGUGCUGUCAGGCACUGUCAAAGUGAAAAAUGUGAGGUUCGAAAAAAAGGUUAAGGUUCGAAUUACCUUUGAUACGUGGAAGACCUACACAGAUAUUGACUGUAUCUACAUGAACAAUGUUUAUAGUGAUUCUGAAAAUGAUACCUUCUCAUUUGCCAUUGACUUGCCUCCUGCCAUUUCCUCUGAAGAGAAAAUAGAGUUUUGCAUUUCUUACCAAAGUGGAGAACAUACCUUCUGGGACAAUAACGAAGGUCAGAAUUACAAGGUUCUCCAUGCGGAAUGGAAGUCUGAUGGUGUUCAGAUACCAUUUGCCAAGAAAGAAUGUGUAGAUCUUCAGACUUCAAGGAGAGGACAAGAGAGAGAGCCUGAUCACCUAGGCAGUCCGAGGCUGUCCAGUGGUCUCUUUCCCCAGUGGCAGAGUUUGGGUCAGAUUGAAAAUUCCUCACCAUAUUGGUGAUCAGGACUAGCGAGGAAGCCUUCUUCCAUUUGGCAGCAGAACAUUGUUAGUUUUCUGGUUCACAUGCUAUGCAAUGAAACCACCUAGCAAGUUUUGUUGACUGUCUGAACAAAUUCACUAGUCUGUGGGACUUGCUAAACUAUGUUACAGAAGUUCUUAGCCAAAACUUAUCCUUGAAAAGAAAGAAACACCAAGAUAAACCUUAUGCAUAUGCCACCUGCUAUAGAAAUAGGAUGUAUGUAUCUUAAGUAUACACUGCUUUCCUUCUACUGUAGACUCUCCUAAGUCACUGGAAGAGAGACUCUUUUGAGGAAUUAUGGAAGUCACCGGUAUCUUAGCAAGCUGCAAUAACUGCAUAUGUGAGAGUAUGUGUGUGUGUGCCCAGGAAUGUUGCAUGAACAGAACAUCACAAACCAUUUUGCACCUUUUAGGAGUGCAGAAGUGAUGAGGUGAUCCUGUCAGGACAGAGGCUGGCUGUGACCCUCUAUGUGCUUAUAGCAGAAGCAGGUAGAAAUGGAUGGCUCAGAUUUGUGGCUUCAGUAUGGGUUAAGAAACUUGAAAAAGAUAAUGGAAAAGUGGGAGAAGGGGAAGAAGUAGGAUGUGCUUCUAGUAUCUUCUUUGCAAAGCUGAUUUUUCUAAAUCCCAUAGAAAUUUCCAUGAGAUAAAAAGGAGGAUACAGAAAACAAUGCAUAGCAUUAGAAGUAACUGCUGCUUUGGGAAGAGAUCUCUGUCCUCUUGGGCUUAAUGAAUAAUAAGUGUCUUGCAUUUGAGAGCAAAUCUGACCCUGACUUCAUCCUACUCAUGUAGCAGGCAGAUGGUUACCUUCUAAUGUUAAGAACGUGCCUUUA